UUCACUGAGAGGUCAUCCGAAAAAAAAAACUUUUAAUCGGAAAAUAUCUUCUCAUUAAGAUGGUGGAUUGGAUACCCGUUGUUUCCCAGACAAAGUCUGCAGUACAAGCUAUUUUUGGUGAUUGUGAAGGAGCAAAACGAACCCAGGAGAAUUUUUCUAGACAGUGUCCAGUUGUAUCUCAGGUGAGAUCUGCAGUGGAGGCAAUUGCUGGUGACGAGGAAGCUGCACGAGAGACUCAAUAUGAGUUUGGGCGAAAUGUCAGUGGAAUAGCUAAUGCGAUUCCUGUGGUCGGUCAUGUUAAAGGCGCCAUACACUAUGCUGUGGGAGAUAAUGAAGGUGGAGAUAAUGCUAUGAAAUCUGCAUCUCGCACAGUCGGUGUAAUGGCUGGUGGCGCUGCUGGUUUUGUCACCGCUGGACCACCUGGGGCCGUCCUUGGGGGUAUAGCAGGCGGGGAUGCAAUGGAUUUGGUGAUUACAGGAGCCGAUUCUGCCGUUCAUGGUGAAUUUAGACCAUAUGGCUAUAUCUCCCAGAUGGAGGAGAUUUCUGAAAACCCGACUGACCCUGGCAAUUGGUUUGAUACCGUUGCAAUGGUAGCAGGAGAUGGUGCUUGUGGAUAUGCAGCAGGUAAAGCGACUAUUCCAGCGAAGAAGUUUUUAGAAAAAAGAGCGAUUCGAAAUCAAUUUGAAGCCCAGAGAAACCCUCUUGUUGAAAACGUAGGCAUGUCUGAUGCAAAGGAUUUCGUUAACGCUGCUGAUAGAAUGAGAGAUGUUAGAACAAAAUAUGAUGUUCCUGAAACCAAGCCCCACGUAACAACUGUCGUUCGGGAUCUGGAAAAUAAUAAGUUAUAUGAGGGUCACAAUCAACAAAUUAGAAAAUUUUGCAGUAGUGAUAAAUUUGCUGAUGCUGAAAAAAUGAGCAAUUAUACCAACCCUGGAGAACCAACAAAUUUACAGAAGAGAGUUCCACAAGCUGUACCUCCUUUGAAACGCAAUCCAAAUUCGUGUGCCGAACAGCGAGCAUACCAUAAAUAUUACAAAGAAAAUCCAAAUGGUAACCCACAGAAUACCCAUGCUGUCAGUGUUCGAUAUAAUAGAAAGGAAAAUGAAUUCCAAGCAGUUAGACGGUGCGACAAUUGUGUUGCAUAUGGCGAAGGGAUGGGUGAGGUUCCCGGAGAUAUGAUAAAUGGUCUACACGUUCCAAAUCACCCAGGAAUUGGGAAAUAUUCCUACUACAAGGAUGCUGGUAAGGGAUUGGCAAUAGCUGGUGGGGGUGGAGCACUUGAGAUAGGAUCGAAAUCAAAGAACCAUGUGAAUCACAAAAAAAAAAAUUGA